AUAGGCAAUAUUUGUCCGUUUUUAUAUGUUGAUUUUUGUUGUUGUCGAUGAUGGUAAACACAAAGGCUUUUAAAUGCUAAAAGGUUAUAAUAACCAAUUUUAGCAGAACGCAGUCAAAAUAAUUUGAUGUUUAUUAGAGGCAUUAGCAUUAGUAUCAGUAUUAGUGAUACUGACCCUAAAAGUACUUGGAAAUAUUUUUUUGGGGCCAUUUGUAUUGUCAUGAUUUGUAUUAUGCAUAGCUUGAGAAAUGUGUGUGUGUGUGUGUGUGUUCUGGUAUUCAUCACGUUGUGGGGACAUGAGUCUGUUUACACAGUCACGUCAUGGGGACCUCUUGCGUUGUGGGGACCAAAAGUCAGGUCCCCAUAAGGGAAAGCCAUAUAAAUGAUUAGAGGAGCUGUUUUGAAGGUGAUGGGCGGAGUUUCAGCGAUGGCCCAUAACACACGUUUAUCCGUGAAUGUGUGAGUGUGAAGGGAGUGCUCAGCUGCGCCCCCAAACAUUUCUCAGCGGUACUGCGCGCGCUUCUUCACACACACGUUAUCUAUAUAUGGUAGGCCCCGCCCACUUCAUCGUCCUCAUUAGGAACGAUAUUAGCAGCAAUAUGAAAAUAUGCGUAUUAAGUGGACACUUCACACGGACAGACGAUAAGAAGACUUUACAGGAGAUACCGACUCGAGGAGAUUGUUUGAGAUUCGAGGAGAUUCUGAAGUUGUGCAGAGCAAAAAGUUAAAUAAAAGAUUGAAAUGCCACCACGAAUCAGCCCUCUUAAGGAUGCCAUGCAUCAUGUUGUCACGAAGUCUGACAAAACUAAAUUCGAGGUGAACUACAUCAAUGCGGUGAAAGGACGUGGAUUAUUUGCAAAAGGUUCCUUUUGCAAAGGAGAUUUUAUUGUGGAGUACAGGGGUGAGUUGAUCAAUUAUGCAGAGCUGGAGAGGAGAAGAAAACUCUACCACCCAUCCUGUGCUGUUUUUAUGUUCGAGUUUAAGUGGAGAGGGAAAACAUGGUGCAUUGAUGCAUCUAGGGAAGAUGGAUCGUUUGGGCGGUUAGUUAACGAUGACCACCAACAUCCAAAUUGUAAGAUGAAGAAAAUCGAUGUGAAUGGAAAGGCACACCUGUGUUUAUUUGCGCUGAAAGACAUUAAAGAAGGAGAAGAAAUCACAUAUGAUUAUGGGGGAGACGACUGCCCAUGGAGAACCCAAGAGAGUAGCAUUGCUGCUAAUAGCAGAGCAGCAGGUGACUCUGAUGCUUCUCUCCAGUCACAGCCUCCAGUUGAUGAUGCUUCUCUCCAGUCACAGACUCCAGUGGAUGAUGCUUCUCUCCAGUCACAGACUCCAGUGGAUGAUGCUUCUCUCCAGUCACAGACUCCAGUGGAUGAUGCUUUUGGUCAAACCAGGUCUCCUCAACAGAUUGCAACCCAGAACCACAGUGAAAAUGAGAUUUUUGUGCCAAAACUGAGACGGACUAAAAGUGUCAUAAUGAAAGAUACAAAUCUUGAAGAUUCUGAUGAGCUCUUUGAUUCUACACCAGAGAGUUCCGAUGAUUAUGUUCCAGAUACCACUUCUGAAAGUGACAGUGAUGUUAGCCUUACACUAAACCAGGCAAAACGUCGGCUUCUUGAUGAACUGGAUAUUGAUCAGUCUGGCUCAGUGAGUUGCCCUGAUUUUGACACCACAACGUCAGACAAAAUGCACAAUGUUGCGUCUGAAGCAUCUGGAACAGGAGAAGAACCCAGUUCAAGUCAGAACACAACAGACGGAAUAGUUGUUAGUGCAUACCAAAAAAGAGAUGGUGCUAGAGUGUACAACAAGAGACAUUACUGCUUGUACUGCAGUAAACCCUAUGCUAAGAUGGCAAGGCAUCUAGAAAGUUCACAUGAAAAUAAGUCUGAUGUGGCUAGAGCUCUAAGCUUUCCAAAGGGUUCAAAGGAGAGGAAAAACCAGCUUGAUUAUAUUCGCAACAGAGGAAACUAUGCUCACAAUGCAGCUGUUAUGGAGUCAGGAAAGGGGGAACUAGUGCCAUUUAAACGACCACGUAAAGAAGUGCAGGGAGAAGAUUUCAUGCAUUGUGCAUACUGUCAAGGACUUUUUACAAGAAAGGUCCUGUGGAGACACAUGCGUACUUGUAGACUUCAACCACAAUCAGACCCUCCCAAACCAGGAAAAAACCGUGUUCAGUCCAUGUGUACCUACACAGGGCCUGUGCCUUCAAACAUGACCAAACAACUGUGGGGAGUAAUCAGUGCCAUGAAUCCUGACCCAAUCACAGAUAUAAUAAAAAAUGACAGAGUAAUUACUGAUAUUGGGCAGCACUUGUUGAACAAAGGUGGGCUAUCAGAUAAGAAUAAACAAUGUGUGCGGGAGAAGAUGCGAGAACUGGGAAGAUUGAUUCACAAUGCCAGGAAAGUCACCUCCUUAAAAACACUGGAAGAUUGUGUAAAUCCAAAGAAGUACAUGGAGACCGUCAAAGCUGUUAAGUAUACAUGUGGGUAUGACAGUGAAACCGACAAAUUCUUGAUUCCAUCUCUUGCUAACAAGCUUGGGAAUUCCCUGGUUAAAGUAUGCAAACUCUUGAAAGCUCAGGGCUUAAUCUCCAAUGACAAACAGCUUGUGAAGAAUGCCAGUGAGUUUCAAGAAGUCCAUGCGAAUAAGUGGAACGAGAUGAUUUCUGCUACAGCAUUGAGGAAUAUCAGGGAAGCAAAGUGGAAUGUGCCCACGCUCAUGCCCUUUACUGAAGACGUACAAAAACUGCAUACUUUUCUCAGUCAAGUGCAAGAUGAGUGGUUCAACCUGCUCUCUGAAAGUCCAUCUACUAAAGCCUGGAUGGAGCUGGCCAAGGUGUGUCUAGCUCAGAUGAUUCUCUUUAAUCGGCGGAGAGAAGGAGAGGUGGCAAGCAUGCCUUUGUCUGUGUUUUUAUCAAGAGACACUUCUGAUCCACAUGAGGAUGUGGACUGGGCUCUCUCCGAAGUGGAGAAGAAACUCUGCAGACACUUCACAAGGGUUAUCACCAGGGGAAAGCGUGGUCGGCCAGUUCCAGUCCUUCUGACUCCAAAAAUGCUGUGUUCCUUAGAACUCCUUGUUAAGCAGAGAGAGGCGUGUGGGGUUUUAAAAGACAAUGCCUAUAUGUUUGCUAGACCAGAAGCCAUGACACAUUUCCGAGGGUCAGACUGCCUCCGUGGCUUUGCAAAGGCUUGUGGUGCAAAGUGUCCCAAGGCACUGACAUCUACCAGGCUGCGUAAGCAUGCCGCGACCCUUUCAACAGUGCUGAACAUGACCGACACCGAGAUGGACCAGCUGGCAAACUUUCUCGGGCACGACAUCAGAAUCCAUCGUGAGUUCUAUCGACUCCCUGAGAAGACCCUGCAACUAGCCAAGAUCAGCAAAGUUUUAAUGGCUCUUGAGCAAGGAAGAUUAGCUGAGUUCCAUGGCAAGAACUUGGAUGAAAUUGGGAUAGAUCCUGAUGAAAAAGUAGUUGACUGUGAUGAGGAAGAACAAGUUAAUGACUGUGAUGAGGAAGACAGGAGCAUACAAGAGGGACACUGUUCAUCUACUGUUGACGCUUCAGCCGAGGUGGCACUUCCUGCUACCGAGAGGAAUAUGUCACACAAGAGAGGCAAACCAUCAUCAGAAGUGCCGAUGUCUUCAGGAGCCAGUGCUAUGAGACCACCUUGCAAAGGUAAAAGUAGCCAGAAGAAAGCUCCCUGGCAGCAGGCAGAGGUGCAGGCGGUGGAAAGGCACCUGAAGUCAUUCAUCAUAUCUGGCACUGUACCAGCAAAGAGUGACUGUGAGAAAUGCUUGAAAGCUGAACCACAAGCUCUGAGGAACCGCGAUUGGAAGACAGUAAAAUUUUAUGUUUAUAAUCGCAUUACAGCUUUCAAAAAGAAAUUGCAGUGCAGAUAAUACUGUAAAGAUGAAACUAUCUGGCAUGGCAAGUUUUGUUAAAGUUAAAGCCACAGCAGCACUUAAAGAAAUAGAAUAACUUAAACCGUUAAACCAGUGCAAGGCCACACGCUGAAAGCAUUGGUCUAACAAAAGUUGAAAUCCAUGUUUGUGAAAGGAAGCAUGGUGAGAGUUUAUAUAUUUUUUUUUUUUACAUUUAGUAUAACAGGACUUUUGAGGUUUUGUUUUGAGGUUUGACUUAGAGUUAUGUGAAAUUUAACUAAAUAAAAGUUGAAUUCAGUCAUUUUAAUCUGAAUUAUUGUCUUGAAGUUCAAGUAGUAGUAGGUUUAUUGUAUUGAUAAGUAUCCAGUGAGUAGUAGCUGAUGUGGGGUGGUUGGCUGGGGCUAAACACUACUUUAAAAUAAUUUAAAGAAAGAAUAGUUCGAAGUGGAAAGGUUUAAAUGUUUGACUUGUGGGUAUGAUAUGAGUUGGAACAUAUACAGGCAAUCAUUCACUAUGCUAAAUCCUUUGUAUUCACAUGUGCAAAAUGCAACUUAGAGUCGUCCUAACUGAAGAUAACUUGCACUGAAGGAUUUGUAAAACAUGUCAGUGCCAUUGUUUUGUCUCAAAAUGCAAACCAGUAAUGUUUUUUUCUAAGGCAUUUUAAUAGAAGCUGUUUCUAUACCCAGAGGUGGGUAGUAACGAGUUACAUUUACUUCGUUACAUUUACUUGAGUAAUUUUUGGGGGUAACUAAUACUUUUCGGAGUAUAUUUAAAGACUUUAUACUCUUGCUUGA